AUGCUGUCCCGGACUCCCUUCUCCCCUAACCUCCUUCGCCCCCUCUCCAACCCUUCCUCCUCAUACGUCGCCUCGCGCGGUCUUCUGCGAUGCGUCAAUGUCCCGAGCAAUAGGCGCGGAUUGGCAUCGGCGACGGAACCGUAUGAUGUUGUUGUUAUCGGAGGUGGACCGGGAGGAUAUGUGGCGGCUAUCAAGGCGGCGCAGUUGGGUCUCAAGACUGCCUGCAUCGAGAAGCGAGGAGCUCUCGGUGGAACUUGCUUGAACGUCGGCUGUAUCCCCUCCAAAUCACUGCUUAACAACUCUCACAUCUACCACCAAACGACACACGACCUCGCCGCCCGCGGUAUCGACGUCGGAGAAGUCAAGCUCAAUCUUCCCAAAAUGCUCGCUGCCAAGAACGCUUCCGUCAAGGCGUUGACGGGCGGUAUCGAGGGCUUCUUGUUCAAGAAGAACGGCGUCGACUACAUCAAAGGCGAGGCGUCGUUUGCUAGCCCUACCCAGGUCAACGUCAAGUUGACCGAGGGUGGCGAGACCCAGGUGGAGGCGAAGAACGUCAUCAUUGCCACUGGAUCGGAGGUGACUCCUUUCCCGGGGAUCACGAUUGAUGAGGAGCGGAUCGUCUCGAGUACCGGUGCUCUGGACUUGAAGGAGGUGCCCAAGAAGAUGGUCGUUAUCGGCGGUGGUAUCAUCGGUCUCGAGCUCGGAUCCGUCUGGUCUCGUCUCGGCGCAGAGGUCACGGUCGUGGAGUACCUCGGCGCAGUAGGUGCGGGUAUGGACGCGGAGGUCGGCAAGCAGUUCCAGAAGAUCCUGCAGAAACAGGGCUUCAAGUUCAAGCUCAACACCAAGGUCAUCAGCGCCGAGCGGAACGGGGACACUGUCUCGCUGAAGGUGGACGCCGCUAAGGGUGGCAAGGAGGAGACCCUCGAGGCUGAUGUCGUUCUCGUUGCUAUCGGUCGCCGACCCGUCACCGCCAGCCUCGGCCUCGACAAGAUCGGCGUGGAGAUGGACAACCGCGGACGGAUCAUCAUCGACGACCAGUUCAACACUUCCGCCAAGGGCGUCAAGUGCAUCGGGGACGUCACUUUCGGUCCUAUGUUGGCUCACAAGGCCGAGGAGGAGGGUAUCGCCGCUGUCGAGAUCAUCAAACACGGUCACGGACACGUCAACUACGAUGCUAUCCCGUCAGUCGUGUACACGCACCCUGAGGUCGCUUGGGUCGGCAAGAACGAGGAGGAGCUCAAGGCUGCUGGGAUCAAGUACAAGGUCGGAAACUUCCCCUUUGCCGCCAACUCGCGAGCGAAGACGAACCAGGAUGCAGGUGGCUUCGUCAAAUUCCUCGUAGAGAAGGACACAGAUCAGGUUCUUGGAUGCCACAUCAUCGGUCCCAACGCGGGUGAAAUGAUCGCCUCGGCUGUAUUGGCGAUGGAGUAUAAGGCAUCAGCGGAGGAUAUUGCACGGACUUGCCACGCUCACCCCACAUUGUCGGAAGCAUUCAAGGAGGCCGCUAUGGCAAGUUACGACAAAGCUAUUCACGUGUAG